UAGAGACAUCGACCGACAUGUGGAGAGUGUGUCGCCGAAAUAGUGCGCCAAAAAGGCACGCCUUCACCAUCACCGAGAGUCGACGCCAUCCUUUGGCAUUGGCGCCCUUCCAGUGAAAGACAGGGGUAAAACACAAAAUUUGCCAACAAUGGAUUUAUACCUGCUCUGGUCGGCGACUUGUUGCGUAUUAUAUGGGAUUUUGGUUGGAACUUCGAAGUCGUGCCCUCUCAGAGUGUGUUAGGCCUAGUUGAUCCGGCACACACGAUCACACACACACGCUCUCUCACUCUGCCACUCACUUGGGUUUCGGAUUGUCUCAGUGUUCAGUUGACUUUGGCGAGUCAAAUCCGAUCUCAUCGACCAUGCACCAAAUCUCAGCUUGAUUUAAGAUCAUAAAAUGUGAGUUCAUUUGGAGAAGUGGAAUACUUACGCCACCUAGGAAUCAGUGAUGGUGUCCAUUCGGUGUUGGACAAAGUGAUAUCCCCAUUAUUAAGGUGUUUUUAACCCAAUAUAAUUAGCUCAUGAUGGGCAAACGUUGACUUUUUUUGGCUGGAGAUUUCCAACAAAAAAAUAAGAGAUCAUGACGGCAGAUGUGGAAAAUUGUGGUUCUCGAUCCACGGAUCCGAACCAUUGGCGGAAUCUGCCUAUCCGAGAGAUGACUUUGUCAUUGGUGUUAGUGAUACCAUGUCUUGCUCACAUUUUCGCCAUACCAUUUAUGCUGUACCGAAGUGCAGGCAUUGUUGCAAGCUACAACGGCUCCAAUAAUGCUCGGCCCUUGCACAUAGGCCUCGUCAAUAGCACAUCAUUGCCUCCGGAAAUUGCUAAUGAAGACAGGGACAUCUUUGCCACUUGGCCUAUGGACGAUUACACAUCCAAGGCUCAGAAGAGGCGGGAAAGCAAAUUGCUGUUCUUUGCGAACAUGGGUUUGGGCAGCAUGAUUGCGGGUUUGCUAUCGGAUCUGAUGGGACGGAAGUCGAUAUGCAAUAUCAUGAUAGCCCUGACCAUUGUGGCCGGGUUUCUAACCACUGGGGCCCCGACCCUGGGGAUAUUCCAGUUUCUAUGGUGCCUAAUUGCCCUAGGCACAUUUGGAACUUACACCGCCACCUAUGUUAGAGUGGUGGAAAUGCUCCCUGAUAAAGUACGGACCCCAUUGCAUUUAUUUGUUUUCGGUCUCUCUUGGACUGCGGGUCGCGCUGUUGGACUGACUGUGGCAUGGUUGACCAAGGAUUGGAUGUGGAUCAUGCACUGGCUAUCCAUUUGGAUCUUGGUCACCCUCCUCAUGUUCUACAUGAUCCCGUGGAAGUUCAAGAUCAGUGAAGGACGCAGGGCCUCUAAAGACACCAUCUGGCAAGUGUUCUCGCACAAACGAUAUUUGUACCGACUCGUCAUUCUCUGUUUGAACUGGUUUUUCUUGGGAUACAUCAUCUACACAAUCAACCUGAGUGCCAAUCGUCUCGUGUCGCACAAUAUCUACGUUGAGAUGAGCUUUAAAGGAGUCAUGGACUUUCUGUCCAUGUCUUUAACCGUUUUCACAACCUUCAAGUACAAAUGCACUCUCCCGUUGUACUCCAGUUUCAUGUUCUUGUCUGGAGUGUGCUAUCUCAUCAUGUCACCCUUUGGAAAUGUUGGACAGGUCGGACAGGCCAUGGUGCAUCUCAUCAACUUCAUCAGUGGAGGCAGCUUCGGUAUCCUCUGGAUUACCACCGCCUACAAUUUCCCAAGGAGUUUUAGAGGGACAGCAGUGGGUAUAUGCUCAAUAUUUGCUCGGAUUGGAGCUGCCAGUGGAGUUUACAUAUUGGAAACCGUGGGCGCCGCGCAACCAGUUGCCCUCUCAGUAACUAUUGGCGUUCUAGUUAUCAUUGUAACAGGAUCCAUGGUCCUCAUAUUGCCAGAGAGGAGCCAGAAACCUUUGCUGGAGACCAUUCAAAGUGAGGAUGACGAGAUUCGAGCGGAAAAAGAGGCAGCGGCAGCGGCAGCGGCAGCGGCAUCUGCCUCCCAAGAACAACCUCCCAAUCCAAUUGAUACCAGUGGCAAUUCCGUACCUCCUACUCGCGAAAGCACGCCAAGGCUCUCCUUGAUUGUGCCAGAUUCUGGCACACCUGAGCCCGGAGUUCCAAUGACCAAAUUGGAACCCAAGCCUUCCCAAGAGAAUGACACUAUUAUGGAGUCUAGUGAUGACGAGGAAACUGACAUGCCUCGUACUGAUGACGACAGUGGUCAGGAAACGCGAGAUCGAGAUUCAAUGUUCUCUGCUCAUGAUGACUCCUCCAGUGUCCAAUCCCUGGCCACACCAACAUUGCCUAAAAGGUGAAGAAUGUGUACAAACAAUUGCUCAAAGAAUGUUAUAACUAUAAUGAAUGGGUAACUAUAAAGUCAAUAAACAAGCAGAGCAUAAAUCA